CGGCCGGCGGGGGCUCGGCGCUGCUCUGACACCCGGACACUGCUCGGCGCAGCCUCCCCCUCCUCCCCGGGCCCGUCCCGCCCCCUCCUCCUCCCCCCAGCCAGCGCCGCUCCCCCACGCCCCUGCCCCAGGCCCGCCGCGGGACGACGAGGAGGAGGAGGGCUCCCCGCAGACAAUGGACGAGCACCCCGGAGUCGGAGGCGGGAUGGCGGCCGCUCCGAGACCGCAGCAGCAACAGCCGCCGCCGCCGCAGCCAGGGGGGAAUAUGAACGUGCAGCCUGGCGCGGGCUGCGUGGGGGCCGGAGGCGGGCAGCAGCCUCAGGUCCCGGCGGCCGCGGCGGGUCAGGACGCGGGGGACCGCGCGGAGCUGUCCCGGCCCCAGCACUACACCAUCCCGGGGAUCCUGCACUACAUCCAGCACGAGUGGGCCCGCUUCGAGAUGGAGAGGGCGCACUGGGAGGUGGAGCGCGCCGAGCUCCAGGCUCGGAUAGCUUUUCUACAAGGAGAAAGAAAAGGUCAGGAAAACUUGAAGAAAGAUUUAGUAAGAAGAAUAAAAAUGUUAGAAUAUGCAUUAAAACAAGAAAGGGCAAAAUAUCAUAAAUUAAAAUAUGGCACAGAACUGAACCAAGGUGACUUGAAAAUGCCAACUUUUGAAUCAGAAGAAACCAAAGACACAGAGGUUCCUACAGUACCUCAAAAUAGUCAACUGACCUGGAAGCAAGGCAGGCAGUUAUUAAGACAGUAUCUUCAGGAAGUAGGUUACACGGACACAAUAUUGGAUGUACGGUCCCAGAGGGUAAGGUCUUUACUUGGGCUCUCCAGUUCAGAACCAAAUGGCUCAGUGGAGACGAAGAACUUAGAACAGAUCCUUAAUGGAGGUGAAUCUCCUUCAUCUAAGCAAAAGGGACAGGAAAUCAAAAGGAACUCUGGUGAUGUUCUUGAAACAUUUAAUUUCUUAGAAAAUGCAGAUGAUAGUGAUGAAGAAGAAGAGAAUGACAUGAUAGAAGAUAUUGCAGAAGGAAAAGAAAAGCAUCGGAUAAAUAAAAAACACAAAAUUGGUAAUGAAGGUUUAGCUGCAGACCUUACAGAUGACCCUGAUACUGAAGAAGCUCUGAAAGAAUUUGAUUUUUUAGUAACAGCAGAAGACGGAGAAGGAGCUGGAGAAGCAAGAAGUUCAGGGGAUGGGACAGAAUGGGACAAAGAUGACCUGUCCCCAACUGCUGAGGUUUGGGAUGUAGACCAGGGACUAAUAAGUAAACUGAAGGAACAGUACAAGAAGGAACGAAAGGGGAAGAAAGGGGUAAAGAGGGUCAACAGGACAAAACUUCACGACAUGAUAGCUGAUCUGGGCGAUGAUGAGCUACCCCACAUCCCUUCAGGAAUCAUUAAUCAAUCUAGGUCACCCUCUUCUAGAAUGACUGAUGAAGGUUCAAGAGCAGAGGAAGCGGAGCCAAUAACGUUUUCAUCUGGAGGAGGCAAGUCAUUUAUUAUGGGUUCUGAUGAUGUUUUGUUAAGUGUACUGGGCCUUGGAGACCUUGCAGACUUGACAGUAACAAAUGAUGCAGAUUAUAGUUAUGAUCUGCCAGCCAAUAAAGAUGCCUUUCGGAAGACAUGGAAUCCUAAGUAUACGCUACGCAGCCAUUUUGAUGGAGUGCGAACAUUAGCUUUUCAUCCUGUAGAGCCUGUGCUGGUUACAGCCUCUGAGGACCAUACUUUAAAACUUUGGAACUUACAGAAAACAGUUCCUGCCAAAAAGAGUGCCUCUUUAGAUGUAGAACCUAUCUACACAUUUAGGGCCCACAUUGGACCUGUAUUGUCAUUGGCAAUUAGUUCUAACGGAGAACAGUGUUUUAGUGGUGGCAUUGAUGCAACCAUCCAGUGGUGGAAUAUGCCUAGCCCUAAUGUGGAUCCUUAUGAUACAUAUGAGCCAAACGUUCUAGCUGGCACAUUAAUUGCUCAUACAGAUGCAGUCUGGGGUCUUGCUUAUAGUGGUAUAAAGAAUCAUUUACUAUCUUGCUCAGCAGAUGGCACUAUUAGAUUAUGGAAUCCACCAGAAAAAUUGCCCUGCAUUUGCACUUACAAUGGAGAAAAGGAACACGGAAUACCUACAUCGGUUGAUUUUAUAGGUUGUGAUCCUGCUCAUAUGGUCACAUCUUUUAGCACUGGCAGCACAGUCAUUUAUGAUUUAGAAACAUCCCAAUCACUGGUAAUACUCUCAUCACAGAUAGACUCUGGAUUGCAGUCAAAUAAUCAUAUUAACAGGGUAGUAAGUCAUCCUACACUUCCUGUAACAAUUACAGCUCAUGAAGAUAGACACAUCAAGUUUUUUGACAAUAAAACGGGUAAAAUGAUCCAUUCUAUGGUUGCUCACUUGGAUGCUGUCACAAGUCUAGCAGUAGAUCCCAAUGGAAUCUAUUUGAUGUCUGGAAGCCAUGACUGUUCCAUUAGAUUAUGGAAUUUAGACAGCAAGACUUGUGUACAAGAAAUAACAGCCCAUAGGAAAAAGUUGGAUGAGUCAAUUUAUGACGUAGCUUUUCAUCCAUCAAAAGCAUACAUUGCCAGUGCAGGAGCUGAUGCCCUUGCCAAAGUAUUUGUGUGACACAACAAAACAAACCUGCACCAUAAUAGCAGGUCUGCUUGGACAAAAAAAGAGGGAAUGCAUCACUGCCAUCAAUGAAACGGCUACCAAUAGGACACUACAUCUGAUCUGCCUGGGCGAAGGCUGUAUGUGGGGCAGGUUUAAGUUGGUGAAAAGUCACCGCAUCUUGAAUAAUGUCAUCUUGCUAAUUUAACUGUAAUUUACUGUAUUUUUUUGGGGAAAAAAAAAAGAAGAAAACCAGUAUUUGUAGCCUGGACUGAAUAUGAACUGAGCAUAUGUCUGUUCUUUAGGUGUCUUUAAGCAAACAUGGAGUCUGAUCUUACAAAAGACUUUUAUUUUGGACUCUGUGUGCUGCCUUAGGGUUAGGAAUGUGGUGCUCUUGUGGGGGGAAGUGAGCUCCAAGAGUAGCUUUCUUUUCAUCUCUUAGUGAUCUUCUGUUUAUCAGUUGAAUGCCACAGAUCCCCUUUUAAACUUUUAUUUUGCUUUAAAGAAAAGGAAAUUUAACUUAAAAUAUUUUAGCAUUAGUUGCACAAAAUGUUUGAAUAAAAUUCUAGUUUUUAUAAGUCUUUUUAUAUAUUUAGCCUGUCACAACAGUGCUCAAGAUUGUAUUGAUGAUGAUUUUUCUGCAUUAUAGAACCCUAAAACACAGAGAUCUCACUGACCCGCUGCCGUGUAACCACAAUCUUCCCUUCUUUUGCCUAACACAGCUCAGCUAAGUCCUUUCAUUAAGGAUGCUAAUUCAUCAUCAUCGCAUAACUGUCUUCAUAAAUAUAAAGGACUGUAAAGAAGUAUGUUUAAAUGAAACACAGAGGGGUUGUAAUACCCUCCCAGUGAACUCUUAAAAAAAUUAAUCUUGGCAUCCUAUCACUAUGUGAUAUUUUGUACAUCUUACUGUAUUUACAAGUUUAUUUAUCAAGGAUUACCCAUCUUGCUAAUGGCCUAUUGUUAUUUAUUUCACUUUUUGUUGGUCUUUAUAUCCUUUUAUGUAGUGUAUUAAAGGGCCCUGUAUAUCUAUUAUGGCACUCUUUGAACAGUCUAAAAUAGACUAAAAAUGGGACAUUUCAUAGUUUUUAAAGUUACAAACCAAGGUUUUUUUUCUGGUUAAGUAUCUGGAGUGAAGUUGAUUCCAGAAAAAACAAUCUUGUUUUAGAACUUUUGGAGUGAAAAAUGUUUAUUUGCGUUUCAAAUAGAGUACAGAAGUAGUUGAAUCAAGAUUCAUAAAUCUGCUGUGUUUGGACUAGUUAUUCCCUGCUUUUAUUUUUUUCAAAUGUGCUUCAGUUUAUGGUGUAACUAAAGAUUUUGUUUGUGUAAUGCAUGAUUAAGACAAAGUAUUUUUUCUAGUCUUCCACAAAACUUUUCUGAUCAGUUUGCGGGUUUUGAUGAGUUUUGUAAGGUUUCUGUUUUACAAACUAUGAAUCAGCAAAUUUUUAAGAUUGUACCACGUAGCAAAAGUACAACAGUUGAAAAAUAAUGUAUAUAAAAUGCAUAUAAUAAAUAUUAAAUGGUGUACCUGUAUGUUACUAUUGGCUACAUUAUUUUGUGUUGCACAGUUUAAAGGUGACAUUUUAUUCUGAAGGUUACUAAAUUAAGAAAUGUCUAAAUUUUAGUGAAAUUACGUCUUUUUGUGCUGUUUAAAUAAACUGCAUUGUUUUUGAAAACUGGUAGUAUUUGUUGGGAUAUAAACAAUUUUUUUAGUUACCAGCUGCAACACUGCAUAUAAGAACAUGUCUCCAAAGAGUGAAACUCGUACUGCAUUUUUAAUUGAUAGUUUUUCUGUCUAAGAAUAAGUUGAAAAUGACUCAGACAUUUUUAGAGCAUUUUUGGAAUUGUAAUCAUCAUGCUUUUCAGUUAUUUCAAGAGAUGAAAUGGUAUGAACAUGGGAUUGGGGUCGAAUAGAUACCCAGGUUUUAUUUCCAACUCUGUCAACUGACUCAUGAUGAAUAAGCUAAAUUUUUGUGCCACUGUUUCACUGUCUGUAGAAUGAGGUCUACUCACCUUUAUAAAGUUCUUUGGGAUCCUCCAGUGAGGGAGGAUGCACUGCAAGUGAAGAGUCUGCUUCUGUUAAAAGCAGACUAAAGCUGGCAUUGAGCCAGUUUGCAUGUUGACUCGGUUUGCUGAAAACGUGUUAGCUGAGUGGAAAUUAAAAAUGAAUAUUGCAUUGUGGUCUGUAACUUUCUUUGUAAUAAUUAUCCUUUGCCCAGAUAUAAAUAUGCUUUGAGGCCUUGGAAAAUGUUCUUAUAAGUGGUGAUAUCUGUAGUUGCAUGUGAUCCAUCCAAUUUAGCAAUGAGAAGGUAAAUCUCUGCAUCUCAAGUCAAGCAAAUUGGAUGAAAAACAAAAGAAAACUGAUGUGCCCAUGGGAGGCAUAAAACAGAAAUCAUUCUGAAAUUAAUUUUGUUUUUAGAAGCAAUAUGGUGCAGUAAGUUAUAUUGUGUAGAAAUUGGAGAACUUUUGCCCAUUACCAUCAAGGUGAGCCUUUCAGUAACUUCUUGUUAGGACACUACGUUUCUUUUUUU